AAUAGGCGGUAUUAUUACGUAACAACCGAACGUAGGUUUUCCCCAAUAUUGUGUUGAUCAUUGCAGAGCCACAAUACGCAGGCUGCAUGGAGGGCCAGAGGAAGCGCAAAAGGACAAUCUUCAGCCGCGUGCAGCUGUCCGAGCUCGAGCAGGCGUUCGCUGUGACUCCGUACCCAGACAUCACCCUGCGCGAGCGCCUGGCCGAGCACACACACCUGCCUGAGAGCAAGAUACAGGUGUGGUUCCAGAACCGAAGAGCCAGAAGUAUCAAGACUGUCAGGCUCCCAAAGUCGUCCAAAACCAUCCUGGGUGCUAGGGGAGAUCCAGAGACCAAUCAGCACAGAAUCCAAUUGCCCUCCCCUGGACAGACCACCUCCUCCACCUCCACCUUUCACACCGCAAACACCAUCGGUGGCCUAUUUCGUUCCGAGCAGAAUCAGUCCUUGGAUGAAGGUCAACAGAUGUUCUCCGACUGGCUCCAGCUCUGCAGCAACUCUGGCUUCUGCUCCUCGUCUUCACCAGCCGUUCAUCCCCACCACCACCCCCCCCUCCCCCAUCACCAUCCAAACCAUCAACCCCCACCCCAUGACCACCCCCACCCUCCCCAGUCUCCAUAUAAACUCUCUGGGAUGCUUUUAUGGGAGGAGGACCCUCAGAGUAAGUUGAACCACAUGGGCAACUUCCCCGUCUCCCUCUCUGGUCUCAUCCCACAGCACCAAAGCAGGCCACCCCACCAUCACCACACCUCAACCUCCCAGAGCCACAGGCCUGAGGGCUCGGGCGUCAAACCCCCACCUGUGCUUCCAGGGCAGGCCGGAGAUCAGUCCAUCUUUGGAGGACUCACCAGAGGCUGCAGGGGCCAUAGGUCAGUGGACCAAGUGGUACCGUCCCACCCUCAGCAGGUGUACUGGGACGGAUCCCAGGGACUCAGCCACCACCACCACCAUCACCACCACCCACAGACGGGGCCUCAGACUUCUAUGGGCUAUAUCUCAGACCUCAUUUACAACGCUGCUAUUGUCACCAACUUCCUGGAGUUUUGAGUAGAACUUAAUAUCCAAAUAGUUAAAUCAUGUAGAUAACUACGUUGGACUUAAUGGCUUUAGCAACAGAAAGAGAAGAAGAGCUGAACCAUGCUGUAAGAUUAUUAUCCAAGUGACUUUUGUGUGAAUUUCCCACAACCAUUUCUUAUGUGGUUAAAAUGUUGUCUAAUUCCAUCGAUACUUUGUUGACUGUUGUGUUAUGUACUAAUUUCUAAGGAAU